AUUCGCGAAUUGUUCGGUCUCUUCUUAGAUAUCGAGCGUUUUAGAGAGAGAAAGUGCGUUCUAGAGAGAGAGAGAGAGAGAUGCGAGGAAUUAGCGACGCCGAGGUUUCUUCUUCAACGGCCGCGACAACUUCUUCAUCAUCUUCCUCUGGAUCUUUCGCGAUAUUACAGAAUUACCCUCUGAUCUCGGCUUUCGUGGCCUUCGCCAUUGCUCAGCUCAUCAAGUUCUUUACAACUUGGUAUAAGGAAAAACGUUGGGAUGCUAAGCAACUUAUUGGAUCUGGGGGAAUGCCGUCGUCCCAUUCUGCAACUGUGACAGCACUUGCUGUAGCCAUUGGAUUCCAUGAAGGUUUUAGUGGUUCAAUCUUUGCUACAGCUAUGAUAUUCGCAUGUGUUGUGAUGUAUGAUGCUUUUGGUGUUAGAUUGCAUGCUGGAAGGCAGGCAGAGGUAUUAAAUCAAAUCGUGUAUGAACUACCAGCAGAACACCCUCUUGCCGACACAAGACCACUGAGGGAACUUCUCGGUCACACUCCUACACAGGUUGUUGCUGGUGCUAUUCUCGGGUUGGCGACAGCCUCCAUUGCACACUUGAUAAGCAAACUUUGAUUAUUACUCCUGAUGGGAGGAUGCCAUUGCGGAUGCAUUUUGAAUGUCAGGCUCAGCAAAGCUGCUCAAUUAUAAAACUGCUUGAACACAAUGUUCCCUCGUGAAGUCUGAUGAAUGCUAGAAAUGAGAUUUGCAUUCCACUUUCCUCUCAUCUGAAAUUGUUGUAUUUUAGUUUAUGACCCUGUACAGUUAUAUUCUUUGUGAGACUAGAUUCUGCUGCUAGCAAUCAGACGAUUCUUUUCAAAACCAUUAACCAUCUGUUGACUGCUUACUGGGCUAUAUAGUCUGUAAUAUACAUUAUUUUUGCAA